AUGAAUUUUGGAGGUCACAGUGGUGUGAAUCAACUCGGUGGUGUCUUCGUCGGCGGUAGACCACUUCCAGACUCGACGAGGCAAAAGAUCGUCGAACUAGCGCAUUCUGGCGCGAGACCCUGCGACAUUUCCAGGAUCCUGCAGGUCAGCAAUGGUUGUGUCUCGAAGAUUCUUGGAAGGUACUAUGAAACCGGAUCUAUCAGGCCCAGAGCCAUCGGUGGCAGUAAGCCGCGUGUAGCCACGGCGGAAGUAGUAAGCAAGAUUUCCCUCUACAAAAGUGAGUGCCCCUCUAUAUUUGCGUGGGAGAUCAGGGAUCGUUUGCUUCAAGAGGGUGUCUGCACGAACGAUAACAUUCCUAGCGUGUCGUCUAUUAAUAGGGUAUUGAGAAAUUUAGCAGCACAAAAAGAGCAACGACAGCAACAGCAACAGCAGCAGCAAGGGGUUUCUGCUGUUGGCGUUGGAGUCGGUGCUGGCAGUCCGGCUGAGAGCGUUUACGAUAAACUGAGGCUACUGAAUGGACAGACCACUGGAUGGCCGAGGCCCAAUCCAUGGUAUCCAUCUGGUGCUGGCAGUCCAUUUCCAUCCCUGCAGCCCAGUUUAAGUCCAAGUCACUGUACAGCCUUGCCGCCGGAUCCCGCGGAUAUUCUGCACGCGAAGAAAGUUGCAGAACUUGAAGGUGGCGCACACUCGGACGAGACGAAUAGUGGCGGUGACAACAGCAACGCUGGCAGUGUAUCCGGAGGUACGGAUGACGAUCAGGCUCGCCUCCGCUUAAAAAGGAAGCUUCAAAGGAAUCGUACAAGCUUCAGUAACGAACAGAUCGACGCUCUCGAGAAGGAAUUCGAGAGAACGCAUUAUCCGGAUGUUUUCGCCAGAGAGAGAUUGGCCGGAAAGAUCGGUCUACCGGAAGCUCGAAUACAGGUGUGGUUUUCGAAUCGGCGGGCGAAGUGGCGGCGCGAAGAAAAAUUGCGCACGCAACGGAGGGACAACCCGCAACACCAGCAGUCACAGCAGCAACAGCAACAGCAACAACAGUCACAGCAGCAGCAGCAACAGCAACAGCACGCAGGAGGGGUGAGCCUGGUCGGAGCUGGUCAUCCGACACCGCCGCCGGCCUCGGGUAUUUUGGCUGGUCAACCACCGCCGCAAGCACCGCCCUCUCCACCUAGGAUACAUCAUGGUUUCGCGCCCACCGCUGUUUACCCCGGAAUACCCAGCAUGCCUGACUCGUACAGUCCUAUGACGUCCAUGCCGAGCUUCACGAUGUCCGGCGGCAGCCAACAGAACCAGCACACUACCAGCAGCAUGUCAUCGCUAUCCACGGGCGGCGGGAUGGGCCCCAUGGGCAUGACUGUGGGCAUGACGAUGGGCCCGAGUCCAGGCGCGUGUCUUCAGCAACGAGACAACGGCUACUCGUGCGGUGUUGCUCGUCCACCGAGUUACGAGCCUCUUCAUCUUGGAUACGGGGCACGGCCCACUUGCAGCCCCACUCAGCCAUACCACACGGCGGGCCUGAAUCAGUACAAUCAGAACACCAGCUCGACCGGUCUGAUAUCACCAGGCGUCAGCGUUCCGAUCGCAGUACCAGGACAACCAGCACCAGACAUGGCGGCGCAAUACUGGUCCCCAAGGCUACAGUGA